AUGAAGGCAGUGUUCUUCUCGACGAUAGUAUUUCUGGUACUUUUGAUUAAUCAUAUUAACUGUAAUGAAGACGAACAUCACAAAGCUUUAAUUCGUGCUCAAUUAUCACGAGCAAAGUCGAUUCAAGAAGCGUUGAUUAUUCUCAAAACUUCAAGCAAAGCAGGUCGAAUGUCGAUGAUGGCCCCGGAAGCAUUGAAAAAGGAACAACAGGAGAUAUUCACUACUGCACGACGUCUGAAUAAAAAUGGUCGAUCACUGACCGAACCACGAAAUGGUGGUUGUGAACCUCGUGUUAUCUGCGAACCGGUGCCUGUUGAUCGCUCAUCGGGAAAUAAUAUGAUAUCAUAUCCACAAUGUCUUGAAGUUCAUCGUUGUGGUGGUUGCUGUCAAGAAGCACAAUUUCCUUGUGUAGCUGUCGAAGAAAAGCCAGUUACAUUUAGUCCAUUACUAUUGAUUUCUUUGGAUGAUACUGAUAAAUACGAAAUCAAUCGUCCAUGGACAUUAAUGAAUCAUACGAAAUGUGAAUGUAAAUGUGGUAAGACCGAAAAUCAAUGUCAACAUGAAGGCAAAGUUUUAGAUGCGACAUUAUGUCAAUGUAUCAAGCCGCGUUGUACACCGGAGUGUUUGAUCUCAUCAACAUGUUCAAUGAUUCCUGGUAGUAAUGAACCAAAAUGUACAUGUCGCCGACGUUUACCGGGACAAACAAGUAACUAUUGUUCAAAUGCAAAUCAACGACCGAAUGCGAUGUGCACACGAUGUGAAACAGUUUCCGGAUGA